CUCCACUUUGUCUUCCUUCUCUGUCUGAUAGGCAUCAUGUUCAGCGUAAACCAAGUAGCUCUGCUCUUUAUUCUGCUCUCAGUGACAUGGCGCGUCUGUGCAGCUGCUGCUCCAACAGAUGACUGCAGGAAUAUAUUGGUGUCCAGAGGAAACUCGGUCAUGUUCUGUUGCAACAUAUCCUCCAUAAAUGCAACGCAAAUCACCUGGAUUAAAGGCAGAUCUCGUUUUGUACAUGCUGUUACAUCGAAUCAGACAUUUUCAGAUUUCUCCUCUCCCAGAGUGACAAUAGACCACAACUUACCUACAAAGCUGAGUAUCAGCAGUGCUCAACCUGAGGAUGAAGGACUUUAUACAUGUAAUAUAAGUUCCGUUCUUGGAGUCAACAGUAUGAAGUGGAAUUUAACUGUGUCUGAGAACCCUGAAGAUGACCACAGGAGUAUGUUGGUGUCCAGAGGAGACCCGAUCAUGUUCUGUUGCAACAUAUCCUCCAUAAAUGCAACGCAAAUCACCUGGAUUAAAGGCAGAUCUUAUUUUACACAUGCUGUUUCAUUGAAUCAGACAUUUUCAAAUUUCUCCUCUCCCAGAGUGACAAUAGACCACAACUUACCUACAAAGCUGAGUAUCAGCAGUGCUCAACCUGAGGAUGCAGGACUUUAUACAUGUAGAGUAAGUGCCGUUCUUGGAUUCAACAGUAUGAAGUGGAAUUUAACUGUGUCUGAGAACCCGGAAGCAACCCACUGGUCAUGGUAUUUGGUAUACAUACUUACACCUGCUAUUGGAUUGCUUCUAUGCGGCGUCAUGUCAGUGGUCUGCCUCUGCAGAGGACACUGGACCAGGACCCCAGACGAGGACCUGGACGACAGCAACAUCAUGACUUCUGCCCUGUAUCAUGUUCAGCUCGGAGGAGAGGUUCGAGGAGCUUCUGCAAAUUGUUUUGUGGCUCAUCUUCAAAGUUACGCAGCGUAUGAGGACAAAUCGCACAGAGAAUGAAUGACUUUGAGAAGCUCUGUUCAGUCUGCUGAGCUGACAAGAAGGGAAUUCAGGUUGAAGUUUAAUAAGGAAGAAGAGAUAUGUUGGACAGGAAGUAGAAGACACACAACAAAUAUAAAUUUAAACAAAUGAGAGUAUAACAGCCGAGCAUAAUUUUGUUUGAUUUCCGUAACUGGGAAAAAGCCACCAGCCACUCAUGUCAGUUUACUCUGUCUGGUUUGGUAUGUAGCCAUAAGAUAACAUCCUUCAUUGCUGUACAAUGUUAAUGUAUUUGGAGUUGUUUUGGAAGCCUUAUUUCUCUUUUGUGCGUACAAAAUACCUAUUUCACACUUAAUCUUUGCUUCUUUAUUGCCUAGCUGAUUGCUUAAAAAGUUGCUCAGUUUUGUGCAAAAAUACAUAAAAUAUUUAACACUGUUUUCUGCUUAAUUUCAUAUUUUUACUGUUGCAAUACAAGUAUUAAAACAUCAGAAAUAUGUCAUUGAUGCAUAACUGUCCAGCAACGAUACACAUGUGAGAGUUAUACAGUUAAAACUUUGUAACUCUGUACCAGUUAUUGUGUGUUGUAGUGCACUGCAUUCAGGAAAUAAACAGUAGACCUUA